AUGAGUGUGGAUACAGCUCCACCACACUUUAAUGCAAGGAGAAACCGAAGUAUAAUUCACAUUGCUGUCUUGCAUCGUCAUGCCAGUAUCUUCAAUCUCAUUCAUGAAACUGGUCCAAACAAGGAUUCCAUAGUUUCUUCCCUGGAUAGUAAUGAUAAAUGCAAUUUAUUGCAUUUUGCUGAAAAAUUAGCACCACCAGACCGACUUGACCUGCUUUCAGGAGUAGCUUGUCCGACGAUGCUUGAGCUGUUAUGGUUUGAGGAGGUGAAGAAGAUAGUGCAACCAUCAUUGAUCGAGAUGAAAAACUCUGAAGGUGCGACAACUAGCGAAUUAUUCACCAAAGAACACACAAAAUUGCUAAAAGAAGAAGAGUCUUGGAUGAAGGCAACUGCAAACCCUUGCAUGGUAGUUUCAACACUUAUUGCUAUUGGAGUAUUUUCUGCUGCAUUCACCAUUCUUGGAGCUAACAACAACGACACAGGAACUCCAAACUAUUUGGAGAAACUGCCAUUUCUGAUAUUUUCUAUGUUAGAUGUGUCUGCACUUAUUUCAUCCUCAACCUCCAUCCCCAUCUUCCGCUCCAUCCUUAUCUUACGUUGUGCGGAAGAAGACUUUCUCAAGUCACCGCCAUAUUUCUAUCGUACAAACAUAUCAACACAUAACUAAGGCUAUGAUUUGAUGUAUGAUCGGAUUACUUUGUUGCAUAAAUUUUUAAUAUUAUAGGGUAUAUUUUGAAAUCCUUCACUGUGAAAACUAGCAUUAAAACCGUGCAGGGAGAGUUUCUAUGCAUUAAAUUUAGACUAAAACAUAAUAUAAAAAAUUUACAAAGCCUAUUAAAAUAAUAUGAUUCUUAAAAAAUAUUAAAAUAAUACAAAAGGAAAUUCGUCCCAGAAUGCCAGAGCCUAAAAGCAUUAAAUAGCCGCCACUACAGAGCAAUUUUAAACUGCAAUUUUAAUAUUGUAGAAGUUCAAAAUAAAUCUGAUAGAUCUUCUUCAAAAUAUAUUAAAUGGACUAAUAGAUGUUGUAGGCAUAUUAUAAGUUAGAAACUGAGAUACUUUCAUGAAUUUGAAAGAUAAAUAAAUUAAAAUAGGACAGAUACGCACGCCGGAAUGGGUCGUUGUCUGUUUUGACCAUUUCACAGCUGAUGUCGCGCAUAAAGGCCAAUUUGAUCCGAUACAGGAAACUUUUGC